AUGUCAAAUUCUGAAUUCUACAAUCUCAGCGCAGAGAAACCAAACGGCGAAGAAUACAAGUUUGAUAGUUUAAAGGAUAAGGUCGUGCUUAUUGUGAACACAGCGAGCAAAUGCGGCUUCACGCCACAGUACACGGGACUUGAAGAAUUGCACAACGCUUACAAAGACAGGGGAUUGGUAGUCCUUGGAUUCCCUUGCAAUCAGUUCGGUGGACAAGAGCCAGGCAGUGACAGCGAUAUUGACAACUUCUGUAAGAUCAAUCACGGUGUUUCGUUCCAGCUUUUCAAGAAAUCAGACGUCAAUGGUGAUAAUACGAAUGAGGUUUUCAGAUGGCUUAAAGAAAAGAAGCCACAGCUUAUGAUGGGCAGAAUCAAGUGGAACUUUGAGAAAUUCCUCAUCGAUAAGCAGGGAAAUGUCGUCAAUAGAUACUCAUCCAUGUCUAAGCCAAGUGAAAUAGCUAAAGAUGUUGAGAAACUCGUCUAA